UGCUCAAUCUUUCGCUCUACAAUCAAGUAGAUUGGUGGCGAUGACGCGCCUCUGAGCGGUUUACCAACCGCCAUAAAAACACCAAAGAAGAAGAGUAUUUUCCAAAUUUCCGACAGACCCAGAAGGCAACGGGCAGAGCUCGUGCUGACUGCUCCUGUCAGCUGGUUCAGUUGAUAGCUGCGUCCGUGAGAGCGUGACCUGUCCAACAAGACCCCGGCUCGGUACAGUCAUAACGAUUUAAACGGUCACUUUAUUCGUGUUUUUAAAGAAUACACGUCGCUGUCUAGAAACGUCCGGGGUUCAUCUCUGAACGCCUCUCUGGGAAGAUGCACGCGCUAGCCCGCAGACGUUAGCCGGUGAGCUAGCAUCCACCGCUUCGGGAAAGUAGCCAAGUCCGCGUUCUGUAACCCAGCUCAACAUGGAGGAAAUUAAGAAGCAGCUCCGCUAUCUUCAGGAUCCCCACCUUGUUGCUCGCUUUCAGGGCAUCUGCGGGGUACGGGGCACGUUUACGAGCAGCGUGUCUGCCGGCAGUCGGAGCUCCGGCAGCAGGGCAGCGGACCGCGCUCACUCCUGCAACAACGGGGCUUGCCAUCGCUUCAGCGGGGAGACGGAGAGUGGACAUUCGCCUGCUAUGGGAGCCGGGGAAGGGGAGAAUAUACAGACAGCCCCGGGGGUUAGGAGGAAGAAAGCGGAUCUGAAAGUGAUGAAGACUCUCGGGCGUGAAAGCGAGAAUCCUUCCCAAAACGGGACAACGGUGUCCGCGGCGACUGCAGGGGGAGAAACGGUCGGUUUGGACGGAACCGUCGGCGUGGAUCCAGCCACAGCUCGGGGCUGUCACGGGGUAGCCGGGUCGGGGUCGUCUGAUUCAGAGGGACGGGGAGCGGAGGACAGCAGCAGAGCCCGGGGCAGCACGGUGAAACCUAUCCGCAAAAACUCCCUGACAGGCGAAUCUGGACAGGAGUUCGUGAUCGAGAACCGGUUCUUAUUCUACUUGUUCACUUUCGGAACCGAGUUGGGUAACGAGUUUUUCUACAUCACCUUCUUCCCCUUCAUCAUGUGGAACCUGGACGCGUGGGUGAGCAGGCGGCUGAUCAUGGUGUGGGUCUGGGUCAUGUACCUGGGACAGUGCACCAAGGACGUGAUCGGCUGGUCCCGGCCCGCUUCUCCACCUGUUGUCAAAGUGGAGAUGUUUUACAACUCAGAGUAUAGCAUGCCGUCCACACACGCCAUGUCAGGGACGGCCAUCCCCUUCUCCCUGUUCCUGCUGACCUACGGCCGCUGGGAGUACCCCUACAUCCUGGGCUUCAGCUUGGCUCUCUGCUGGUGUGUGCUGGUGUGUUCCAGCCGGAUCUACAUGGGAAUGCAUUCAGUUCUGGACGUCAUCGCCGGCGUCCUCUACAGCGUCCUCAUCCUCAUCUUCUUCCUGCCCGUCCUGGACCUGAUUGACGGCUUCAACCUGACUUGCCGCUACGCUCCGCUCAUCAUCAUAUCCCUCCACGCGGGCCUGGGCCUCUUCUCCUUCACGCUGGACACCUGGAGUACUUCACGGGGCGACACUGCUCAGAUCCUGGGCACCGGAGCCGGCGUGGCCCUGGCGUCCCACGUCAACCACCUCUUGGGGCUGAUGCCGGAUAUGACGCCAGACCAGCUGCCCCUGACUCUGCCUGCCUUCAGCGCCAGCCUGGUGGGCACAGCCAUGCUGCGGCAGAUCCUGGGGGUUCUGGUUCUGGUGGCCACGCGGGCCCUUAUGAAGGCCCUUACCAUCCCGCUGGUGUGCCGGGUGUUCGGGGUGCCCGGCGGGGACGUGAGGAAGGCUCGGCAGCACAUGGAGGUGGAGCUGCCCUACCGCUACAUUGUUUACGGGACAGUGGGCUUCAACGUCCUCUUCCUGGUCCCACUGCUCUUUGUCUUCCUGCAGCUCUCAUGACUGGAUUCUGGACCAGUACCAGAGGCGUCCAGAGGUAGUUGAGAAGAGGACUGGAGAAGGACGCAGACUUUGUCCUUCUCCUGUUGGCUCAGGUUAGCUUUGAGCUCUGAUUCACAAGUGCUCUGCGUUUUGUUUUUAAAGGCCUCGACUUCUCAGGUCAACCUGUGGAAAGAGAUCUUCUUCUGUGGUUCCUUACAUUUGUUUUUAUAGACGGCCUACUUACACAUCCACUCCUACCACAUUCAUCUAUUUACGUUCUCAGAAGGACUGAAAAUUAAACCUGUUGGCAACUGAAAGACUUCAUUGAUGGUUAUGUAAAUGUUAGAAUUUACAUUUUUAUUAAUGCUGUCAUGAAGAACGUGGACCUGAAGGCUUGUAGCACACAGCAGCAUCAGCUUUAAACCAGCACAGAUGUCUCAUUUCAUCAGUCACACUUAAAUAAAACAGAGAUGCUCUCCGGUGAGGUGGAGCCGCUCCAGGCGAUGAUUGCUGAUCUUCUCCUAGUCUUAGUCAAGUCUCCCGUUCCUUUAAAUCAGCCGUCACAGGAAGCAGGAAUAUCCCCAAGAUCUGAAAUCGGUCCUGGAACGUCAUCCUGAUGCAGGGGAGUUGAUUCUUAACCCCAACCUGAAGCGUCCAGACACAAACGCGUCAAAAGAUGCAGAAUUUUGUUUCAUGCUGCACUGAAAUCCAGAAAAAUGGAAUUAGGUUUGAAUGCACAUGCACGUCCCACCAGUUCAGACCCUGAUCUCCGCCACCGUGACCCGUUUCCACCAGCAGGUCCGACUGAAGUUACGAUUCUUUCCACCAAUUAGAGGGCGCAGCAUGUCAGGCUCCACCCUUCAGAGUCGAAUCAGAAAGGUUGGGACCCUAACGGAAGGGUCUCGGAACAGGACGGCUCUGAUCGGAUCUUCUGGAAACGGAAAAAUACGUACUGAUCCAGACCCGUUGGUGGAAACGGGUUCAUACCGGACCAGAUGGAAGGAGGGGUCACGCUUGUUGGGAAAUGUACAGGGUUCAUGAUGAAGAAAGGAAACCAGAUGUUUGUAUCACUGAGCUGAGACCGGAUCUUUGUGGGAGUUUUCCAGCAUAUUUUCCUUCUCAGGUUUAAUAUAAAACUAAAUAUAUGUAGAAAAAAUGGGAGCAGUUUGAGUUCCGUCAGUUGUAGCAUGAAGAAAAUAUCUAGAAAGGCAAUAAAAUGUUCCCAAUCUCCUCCUGCGUCCAGCUGGCCGUCGGCUAAACACCGAAUGAUUACUUCUCUGCUUGUUUGGGAACAUCGGGAUUCUUGGAUCCUGCUCCAGGGCUGAAUCCUACAAGUUUUACACAACAGUUUUUAUGGAUAGAACUGGUUAAAGAAGAGUUGACUGUUUUCACCGAAGUGCUGUAGACGAGAAACAUCAGUGGACCGGUCCUCCAGGCCCGUUAUGAUCCAGAUGGGUUGGUUCACUUUGAUCCUGUAAAAACUCUUAAAAGUCCUUAAGUCUGCGUUCACACUGCAGGAACGUUGGCUCCAAGUCUUUUUUCCUCAUGUGCAUCGACUCUUUAUGCCCGUCUGAGCAGCACAAACCGGAUGUUGAUUCCAUGAGAUCCACAUCUGAAGCGGCACAAAGGACUUUAAGUUUUUCCUUCACUGCAGAUCAUAAAACCUGAACCAUGACCAGAGCUGCUGCUGAGACCGAAACCAGCCUGCCGAUACAUCACCGCUAUGUCUGAUCCGUUCACAGGGAGCCUGUGUUCCAUGUCAUGGUCUGAAACCGCGGUUUGACAAACCUGAGCCUGUUAGUUGUUAACGGCACAACCGAAGAUCCAGCCCAACCAGGGUCCAGCCCAACCAGGGUCCAGCCCAACCGAAGAUCCAGCCCAACCAGGGUCCAGCCCAACCAGGGUCCAGCCCAACCGAAGAUCCAGCCCAACCAGGGUCCAGCCCAACCGAAGAUCCAGCCCAACCAGGGUCCAGCCCAACCGAAGAUCCAGCCCAACCAGGGUCCAGCCCAACCGAAGAUCCAGCCCAACCAGGGUCCAGCCCAUGAGGACUGAUGAGUGACGUGGCCUCUGAAACAGACUGCCUGACCUGAAUCUGGGACCAGAUAUUCGCCGGCUUCUGUAGCAAUGACAUGAGGUGAAAGUUGGGUUCAGUUUGUUCCAGCUGGGAAGGAGAGCGGAUCAGACUGGGAUUACUGGGAAUGCUAUGUACUGCAGCUACUGGACCUUCUGCUGAUGCCUUCCAAAGCCACGUUUCAGUCCUGAUCUGGUAGCAAAAGAAAAGAUGUCUCUCUGCUGCCUGGAGAACCUCUGGAAGGAGGCGCCUUGUUGAUGGAGAGAUUUCCAGGUUUUCCAGGCUGAUGUCCGGCGUGUGAAGUCUUUAAUGCUGCUGGAGUUGCAGGUGGUACUGUUCUACGAUGAAUGCACUGUUCCCCCUCCGAGCCGGACACAGAGGGUCCUAAAUGUUCACCUGAGCUCAUAAAAUGUAGAAUUCAGGUUUUACUUCUGCCUGCAGGCAGAGGACAGUUUUAGAAACUGGUUGCACAUCAUUUCUCCUUAGACUGGUUGUUCUGUUGUGUCCUGAUUAUUUCUACAUUUAUACUUGUAUAUAUGAACAGAAUGGAUAUAUAUUCUUCAUAAAUAUAUCAUUUAUAAGUACCUCCCCUGGCAUCCGGUUUGAACCGGUUCAGUUUUUCUUUUACAGGAUCAGAAAAGCAGAUUAAGAUUUAUUAAUGAACUGAUUUUACUCUCCGAUGAAAACCAGUCUGACUGGACUGUUGGUGGAUUUCUCUUUCUGAUCCACCUGUUUGGCUUUUAUUGCUGCUCAUGAAAUCUGACCUCAGUUUUUAUUCAAAAAUAAAGGUUUCAGACGGCCGGGUUUUGUAAUCCUAGUAAACUGAGUGGGUUCGGAUUGUUAAAACUGAAGCAAACUGUACAUCCUCCUUCCUGAGCAGCUCUUCCCAGACUUCCUUCCUGCUCCGGAUUGGCUGCUUUCAUGCUCCCUCUGAACGUGGGCAGAGACACUUCCUGGUUAAAAUAAAGAUCCUCCACUGUCUCCUUCAUCACUGAGUUCUCCUGUCCCAAAACAUGGCUGAAGAAAAGCUGAAUUCCUCCUGAACAUCAGGCCAAGACUUCAACCUUUUUAUGUGUUUCACUGUAUUUUUGAUACAAACUUUUUACAGGAUUUUCCAGUAAAAUCUGAAAGUUUUUAUUUCUGCUUGUUUCAAAUGAACUAAAUAAAAUAAGAUCAACUCUUA